CCCCCCCCCCCCUUCUCUCUCUCUCUCUCCCCUUAAAUAUAUUUUCCUAUCAAUCUAGACCUCUCUACAUUUCAAAAACUAUAAUAUUUAUGGCUAAUAAUAAUAUUAAUAUCCAUGAAAAGCUCCAUGCAAUUUUCAUCGCCUACCCACUUCAAGGCCAUUUAAUCCCCUCCGUCCACCUGGCCAUCAAACUUGCAUCGCAAGGCUUCACCAUCACCUACAUCAACACCCUCUCCGUCCACAAUCAAACCUCCAAAGCCCAAUCCCACACAGCCGGUGACAAGAACGACGACAUCUUCGCCAGCGUGCGCAAAUCGGCGGGGCUAGACAUACGCUACACCACGGUCUCCGAUGGCCUCCCCGUCGACUUUGACCGUUCACUCAACCAUGACACGUUCAUGGCUGCUUUGGUUCAUGUAUUCUCCGCUCACGUCGAGGAGGUCGUCGGCGACAUCGUCGGGUCAUCUUCGAAGAACACCCCACCGGUGACUUGUUUGAUCGCCGAUACGUUUUUCGUUUGGCCUUCUAAAGUUGCUAAGAAGUUUGGCCUCCUUUAUGUUUCUUACUGGACUGAACCUGCUUUGGUUUUCACUCUCUAUUACCAUCUUCACCUUCUUCGAAACAAUGGUCAUUUUGCUUGCCCUGAUGUUCGGGAGGACUCCAUAAAUUAUAUUCCAGGGAUCAAAUCCAUCGAACCCAAAGACAUGACGUCGUAUCUCCAAGACUCUGAUACGUCAUCUAUUUGCCACCAGCUCAUCUUCAAGGCCUUCAACGACGUUAGAGGAGCAGAUUUCGUUCUCUGCAACACCAUUCAAGAGCUCGAACGCGAUACCAUAUCCGCCUUGCAAAACGACAUGUCGUUCUAUGCCAUCGGACCCAUUUUCCCAAUUGGGUUCGCUAAGAGCUCUGUAGCCACGAGCCUCUGGUCCCAGUCCGAUUGCAACCACUGGCUCAACAGCAAGCCCAAUGGGUCGGUCCUAUACGUCUCAUUUGGUAGCUACGCCCAUUUGAGCAAACAAGACCUUGUAGAAAUAGCCAAUGGGCUUUCGUCGAGCAAUGUUAGUUUUGUUUGGGUGCUUCGGCCCGAUAUUGUGAGUUCCGACGAUGUUGAUCCUUUGCCCGUUGGAUUUAGAGAAGAGGUUGGUGACCGUUCGAUGAUCAUACCUUGGUGUAGUCAGAUCGAGGUGCUGGCCCACCGGGCAAUCGGAGGGUUCUUGACGCAUUGUGGAUGGAACUCGAUAUUAGAAAGCAUUCGGUGUGAAGUGCCGUUGUUAUGCUUCCCUUUGCUCACUGAUCAGUUUACUAACAGGAAAUUAGUGGUGGACGAUUGGAAGGUUGGGAUUAAUUUGAGCAAUGAAACGUCGGUCAAUGAGAAGGAAGUUUCGGAUAAUAUUAGCCGUCUGAUGGGUGGAAAAUUAGGGAAUGAUUGUAGGAAAGCAAUCAAGGAGUUGAGGAUGAUCAUGGAUAAUUCUUUAACGCCUAAUGGAUCAUCAAACAGAAAUCUUGACCAGUUUAUCAAGGAUCUAAAGACCAGGACUCGAGCAGCAUAAAAAUGGACCCCACCUUCAUCUAAGAAAAAUAUGUAUUGAGAAAGUAGUCCUAAAUAAGUUAGUUUUAAACAUCAUGAUCAGGGGCUUUAACAGUCUAAAUAAAGUACCAAUUUCAGGCUCUUUUUUUUUUUUUUUUUUUUUGGGAUUUUAUGUAAGUUGGACUUGUACAAUUGAAAAGGCUAAUUAAAGUUGUGGGCACAAUUUGAUCAAGUUCAUCAAGGGAAAAGUUCAAGAAGUCUGGUUUUAUUUUAUUUUUGCACUUAUGAGAAAUAUGUUAGGUCUUUUUCUUUUUUAUUAUGAAAAUAUAAAAAAUUGAAUUCA